AUGAAUUCUUCAAUUAAGGCACCACGAAUGACUGAUUCCGCUUGGCUCAAGAAGAACGGCUGGGAGUCGAUGCAUCAUUUUAUGGUUUCUUAUCAACUAAGAAUCGAAGAUGACGACAGUUACGAACAGGGCAAGCUUAUCCUAGCGGCAGUUAGAGCGUUCAACAAGAAGGAGGAACCAAUAUCUAAGGCUGAAAGAUCCACUAGCUUUCAAAAUACUUCCGAACAGACGCAAAUCAAUAGUGCCACGAAUCAUGAUGCUGGAACUCGUUCGCAUGCUCCCGGUAAUCAAGAUGGAAAGCAAUUUUCCGCAGGCGGUAGCACUAGUCCAAGUGAGAUCAUCCUAGAUGACAAGAAACCAGUUGAAUUUAUGGGAACUUUGAGGACAGUAAUUGAGGAAUAUUUAUGA